AUGAGUGGAUAUCCAAAUGACGAAAUUACAAAUGUUGGUCAUCAUUUAUCAGUAUCGAAUGGCGAAUGGAAUCAACAGACUAUCUAUGAUGCACGAAAUGUUCUUCUAACGCAACAUUCUGUUGAUGUUUCACAACAAACACCUGAGCAACGAUCUGGAAAAAUCGUUAAACCACCAAUUUAUCCGAAUCAUAUUCUUCAUCCUGAAAUAAUUCCUUCGUUGGAUGAAGUUCCUGCUGAACUUAUUAAACGCCGUCACAAGCGUUUCAAUGAUCCAUCAAAUAUUGAUUCGUUUGAAAUCGAAAUGCCCUUAGCAAUAGCUAGUUCAUUACAAGAUGAACUUGAGCGUGCAGUACAACACCGGGCAGCACAAGAUCGCAAUCAUGAUCAAACAUCUAUUCCAGAAUCAGCGGACUCGGCAAAUAAUUUAUUCCAAGGUGUUUUCGAAAAAGAAUCUUAUCCAACAAUUGAAACAAUUGAAAUUGAUGAGCCGUUAGAAUCUACUUCAAGACAAAAUCUACCACGAGCAUCAAUCUAUGAUAAGUCAAGUCUUCGUGAAGCAUUUCAAAGAAUAAAAAUUGCUGGCGAUUUUGAUGAUAUGUCACAUAUUGAAGAUCUGGAAGACGCGGUUGGGCCAUUACUUCGUGCUAUGGUUAUUCGUGAAAAAUAUAUGAUUUUCAGUCUUCAGUCAUUUCCACCAACAGUUGCGAAAUUUUUAACCAAAACUCUUGAACAAGAAGAUCAAUCACGUCGCGCAUCAUCAACAGUUCGGGCAAAUACCGAACCUAAACUAAGAACCAACUCUGGUGGCACUAGUGGACAAAUACCACCCAAACAUACCAUUCCAUCUAUACCUACACGCACGAUACCACCACAAGUUUCACCCAAUCAGAAACUUCCAAUAGUAGAGAGCAAUCUACCAAUAAAAUCUGCUGCACACGCUUCUGACGAUCCUCAUCCAUUUCAUCCGCCUGUCAUCAAGCGUGACGAAGCAUUCAAUAUACCAUUACUGGAAGCUGCUGAUGUUUGUGUCAAAGCUGAAAAAGGUAUUUAUCGUCUCCAUAUACCUGACGACGCAAAAGGAUGGGUACAGGUGGAUUAUCCGGUUGUUGAUCGUAAUCAAUUUAUUGAUGAUUACACACUUCUAUCAGCGAUGAUUACAGAUGGGCCGUUAAAAUCAUUUUGCUAUCGUCGUUUACAAUAUCUUAAAUCAAGAUAUGAAUUACAUUGUUUACUUAAUGAAGUUAAAGAAUGGGCAGCAAUAAAAUCUACACCGCAUAGAGAUUUUUAUAAUGUACGAAAAGUUGAUACACACAUUCAUGCAGCAUCAUCAAUGAAUCAAAAACAUUUAUUACGUUUUAUGAAGAAGAAAAUGAAAACAUCUGGCGAUAUGCAUGUCUAUAAAACUAAAGAUGGAAAAUUAAUGACAUUAAAAGAAGUUUUUGAUGAAUUAAAAAUUACAGCUUAUGAUUUAAGCGUUGACAUGCUUGGUGUUCAUGCUGAUCGAAAUACGUUUCAACGUUUUGAUCGAUUCAAUGCAAAAUAUAAUCCACUUGGUCAAAGUGCGUUACGAGAAAUUUUCAUUAAAACUGACAACUAUAUUGAUGGCGUAUUUUUUGCUGAUUUAUUAAAAGAAGUGAUGUCCGAUUUAGAAGACAGUAAAUAUCAGCAUGCUGAACUUCGUCUAUCAAUCUAUGGUAGAAGCAUUGAUGAAUGGGAUAAAUUAGCUAACUGGUGUGUUAGAAAUACGAUGUAUUCAGCAAAUGUUGGUUGGAUGGUGCAAAUACCUCGUCUUUAUGAUGUCUAUCGCGCUAAUGGCAUAACAAAAAAUUUUCAAGAAUUUUUAACAAAUUUAUUUAAACCAUUAUUUGAAGCAACCAUUGAUCCAUCGUUACAUCCAGAUUUGUUUCGUUUUAUGCAUCAUUUAACAGGCUUUGAUUCGGUCGAUGAUGAAACAAAACCUGAAAAGCCUAUUAUUACGGCUGACAUGCCUCAUCCAGAAGACUGGAAUAUGAAAGAUAAUCCGCCAUAUGUUUAUUAUUUGUUCUAUAUGUACGCAAAUAUUCUUACGCUGAAUCAACUUCGAAGAGCUCGAGGUUUAAAUACGUAUCAAUUUCGUCCACAUUGUGGUGAAGCAGGUGCUGUUACGCAUCUUGUUACAGCCUAUAUGGUUGCAGAAAAUAUAUCUCACGGUUUACUUCUACGCAAAUCUCCUGUUUUGCAAUAUUUAUUCUAUUUAUGUCAGAUUGGUAUUGCUAUGUCGCCAUUAAGCAAUAACUCAUUGUUUAUUAAUUACAAUCGCAAUCCAAUGUUGGAAUAUUUUGAACGUGGUCUAUGUGUAUCAUUGUCAACAGAUGAUCCUAUGCAAUUUCAUUUUACCAAGGAACCUUUAAUGGAAGAAUAUUCGAUUGCUGCACAAGUUUGGAAAUUAUCAUCGGUUGAUAUGUGCGAAUUAGCUCGAAAUUCUGUUCUAAUGAGCGGCUUUUCUCAUGAAGUGAAAAUGUAUUGGCUGGGACCUGAAUAUCAAGAAUCUGGUGUAGCUGGUAAUGACAUUCGUCGAACGAAUGUUCCAGCUAUUCGCAUUGCAUAUCGAUAUGAAGCCUUAUGCGAAGAACUUCGUUUACUUGGCAAUGCUUACAAAAGUCGACAAGACCGCAAAGAGAAAGACCGACUUCUACAUCAAAUGGAAAAGAAAUCAACAUCGAUGGCCAACAUUGAGCAUCCUGUUUUAAAUAAUGGCAAACAUGAAUCCACAUCUAAUCUACCGAAACCUAUUUCAUCAACAAUAAAUGGUAACAGUGGCAAUAAAAUUAAUAUGAGUCGAAAUCCAACAACAAACGUGAAAGGUGCUGCUUUUCAUAAACAAGCAAAAGAUAAUCUUCAAUCGAUAUUAGAUAAUUUUAAUGCCAUCAUUGCUUUGAUUCGAGUCGAUGAUCCACAACUAAAUCCAAUCAAAGAUCAAUUGCCAAGAAUAUUAACUAAUACUACAGAUGAUUUCGAAAUUCGUGUACGAGCUUAUAAUAUGGUUCGUGCUUUUGAAUCAUUACUGAAACUUGUUUCGGAUUUGAAAGAUCAAGCUGUACUUUAUGAUUUUCGAGCUAUCAAUGAUGCUGUUAAAGCACAACGACAACGAUUCAAAAAUCAACAAUCAGAUUUGGAUACGAAAUUAAUUAGUUUGCGUGAUCGAUUAGCAUUAGAAUUGGUUAAAUUCGAAGAUGAAUAUGCUAAUAAAUCAUCGUUCAAGAUUCCUAAAGAAUGA